GGCAUCUGUGUUGGAAUCCAUGCAGAAUCCAUUCAGCUUACCUUAUUUGACAAUCUCUCAAAAGUUAUUUGUGUGCAUUCGCCUCAACUCGUGCUUUUCAGAAAAUACUAAUAAUUAUUCAAUAUGCCGCCUGCAAAGCAAACUGCGGAGCAAAUUAAUGCUCGCGUUGCAGAAGCACAGUCCCAAAUUUAUCAGUUGGAAUACGAUCGUUCCACCUCGAAGGUGGUAAUCGAACCCGACACCUGGAUCCAAAUAGGGCACCGGAAGAAUACAAUUGCGGAUGAAACAAACUUUUGUGAAGCAGCACUUCUGGAUAACAUUUUACAACUAAAAUCUUCACUGGAUGAAGUAAAUGUGCAGCAGAUUCGCAAGUCGCGACUCAUGAGUAACCCGUUUGAGGUUAGUAAAGGAGAGUUUAUGACCCGGGCAGCGAUUAAAAUAGCCAACUUGGAUGCUAUGUUCGAUUGGGGUCUGUGUCAACUGUCAGAUGGUAGUGAUUCGGAGAAAGAACUGUUGUAUUUUGUCGAUAUUUUCGGCGGACCGGGUGGUUGCAGUGAAUAUAUUCUAUGGCGCAAUGGAGGCUGGAAUGCGAAAGGUUUCGGGUUUACCACUAAAGGCGACUAUGAAUUUCAGCCGGAAAUGUUUCGAGUUGGCGCUCCGGAAACAUUGGAUUCAUUUUAUGGGCAUAACGAUAAUGGAAAUAUAUUCGAUCCCGACAACAUCCGAGAUUUUAUUGAUUACGUUACGCAACAGACGGAUAAUCUUGGUGCACACUUGGUGAUUUGCGACGGAGGAUUUUACGUAAAGAAUAACUGCCAGGAGAUUAUUUCGAAGCAGUUGUAUUUAUGUUUGGCGUUACUGGCAGUGAGUGUGAUUCGUCCCGGUGGUAACGCUAUUUUGAAGGUAUUCGAUUUAUACACACCGUUCAGUGUCGGAUUGGUCUACAUUUUAUCGAAAUGUUAUGCUAGAAUUUCCAUUGUGAAACCAGUAACCUCUCGCCCCGCAAAUUCCGAACGAUAUUUGAUUUGUCAGAAUCGGCUAAAUUGCGAUCGAACAUUCAGCGACUAUCUUUACUCAAUCAAUCGGGUACUGUGGGACCACAAGCACUCAGGUUGCGACAUUCAGCACAUUGUUUCGGCAGAAGUAAUAGAAAAGGACACGCCUUUCUCGAACUUUAUCCGAAACUCCAACAACUACCUUGCUCGUUGCCAGAUAAAAGGACUGAAGAAGUUAAUCGCUGCAACAACUGACUCGUACAAACCGGAACCGAUGGAUCAGAAAUUACUCCAAUCUACAUUGUGGCGCCUUUGGAAGCUUGAUCACAAAUCCAAUCUAUCUUCGAUAGCAGAUGAUAAAAUCAAGUAUGCUGCCGAUUAUGCACUGCAAUUCAUCGAUUCAAAAACAAUUAAUCUUUUUUCCGCACCGGACGUGUCUAUAAACACCAAAAAAUCGUUGUCAAAGCUGUUUGGUAACCCGCUUGAAUGGAAUUUUAUUCCCGUGGAUGUCACUGCGAACCAGGGCAAAAGCAUUCGAACAAUAUUUCUUAGUAAAGGUAACGGUAAUGUGUAUUUUUUCGAUCAGAAUGAAAAGGAGUGGCAACAGGUCAAAGGCUUCCAGCUGAUCCUUUCGCCAAGGACAAUUAUCUACGGAGAAAUCGUAGAGGAAAUUUCUAUCAAGGACAAUAAACAAAAGGUUGUCAAUGCACUGCACAUCAUCGAUGCCAUCAUGCUGGGUGGGGUGAACGUGCGAAGUUUUCCGUUAUCCAAACGACUUGAUUUGUGUAACAAAUUUGCUAAAGCUUUGAAUCGACCGCUGGCGGUUAGAAAUAGCACCACAGUAAAGCCCGUUCCUGUUCGCUGCAAAGAACUUCUGCCGAUGAUGGAUUUGGACGGUUUUUUCAACAACGUAUCCAUCAACCAGUUAUCCAGUGGAACCAAAGUGCUUGGCUGCGAUGUGCAAAGUUGCGACAAGCUCGAAUCAAAGCGGUUCUAUAUUCCCCGCGGUCUGCUGUUUGUGCGCCAUUCACAGCAUAGUAUGGCCGGAUCGAAGAUGUCGGAAAGAACGUUGGAAUUCGGAAAAACUUUUGGUAGUCGGUACCUUUGGAUAUGGACCAAGACCAGUCAAAUUUACUCAUCAGCGCAGUGUUUCGAUGUCGUAAAAGAAGACAAUCUGGUCUAUCGGAUGGAUUUUGACGAGUUUGUAGCUAAGUUCGAGAAGGAUUAGAUUAUUGAUUUCGUCGUUUGUUUACGAAUAUUGCUGAACUUGACAGAGCCGCUAAAAGCGUAAUGAAGUUUUUAUUCAUUGAUGAUUUUCAUUUACAGGGUUUUUUUUUGUAUUGAGCAUUUCAUACGUGAAAUAAAGGUAAACAUGGCUCAAAAUCAAA